GGCGGAUAAAGGCGGUUGGGGGCGGGGCGCGCCGUCGGUCUGCGCCGCGGGACGGGACGCUCCGGUCGUCGUCGCGUCGCCAUGGCCUGCAGCCCGCGAACCCCCCCGUCGUACCGGAGCCGCCGCGACCGCGACGCCAGCCCGCCGCCCCCCGCGAGAUGGAGCCUGGGGCGCAAGCGCAGAGCCGACGGCCAGCACCGGGCGGCGGAGGACGCCGAGGGCCCCGCGAAGCCGGCUGACCGCAGACCCGACAGCUUCACCACCCCCGAGGCCCCGAAGCCCCGGCCUCGGUGUGCGGACUGGGCGAGCGCCGUGGAGGAGGAUGAGAUGAGGACCAGGGUGAACAAGGAAAUUGCAAGAUACAAAAGGAAGCUCCUCAUCAACGACUGCGGGAGAGAGAGGAAGUCGCCGCUGGGAAGCUGUGACUCCAGGGCGCCGUGCGCAGCGCCUGCCGACCUGGAGACGGACGAAAGCGUCCUGAUGCGGAGGCAGAAGCAGAUCAACUAUGGGAAGAACACCAUGGCCUACGACCGCUACAUCCGAGAGGUCCCGAGGCACCUUCGCCAGCCCGGUAUUCACCCCAAGACCCCCAACAAGUUCAAGAAGUACAGCCGGCGCUCGUGGGACCAGCAGAUCAAGCUCUGGAAGGUGGCCCUGCACUUCUGGGACCCUCCCACCGAAGAAGGAUGUGAUUUGCAAGAAAUGCAUCCCGUGGACCUCGGGGAGAUGGAGACCGAAUCCACGGAGAGCAGCUCCGAGUCCCAGGCCAGCUCCCAGGACAACAGCUUCGACAUGGACUCGGGCACCCCCACCAAGGUGAGACACCUGGACUGCCGCGUGGAGGACGAGUUUGACUUGGAAGCGUGUUUAACGGAGCCCCUGAAAGACUUCGCGGCCAUGAGCUAGCCUGCCCCGAGGAUCACAGAGCAAGUGUGCCCCGGGCUCCUGUUAAUAGUUACCACCUGGUGAAUUGUUAUUCUUGCCUUAUUUUCUUAAACCAUUUUAUGUAUAGCGAGUGUAUGUUGCAUGUUUUAAAUCCGAAAUGCAAUUAAAUUCGAUGAUAAUUGAACUUGAAGCAAUCUUAUAACAGACUUAAUUGCUUGGUCCCCACCAUCCCCAAGUUCACCCGACAAGCACACUUGAACCGGUUUCCACCGAGUCUCGGAUGCCGAGUUGCCACUUGUAGGUGGUGGUGUGGGUGUCACGUGUUUAGGGACCGGUCUCAUGUCAGCUUCCUGGACUGGAUCUGAGUGUUCGCACCGUCCGGCCCUUUAAGGUCUUUGUGGCCUUUUGUCAAUGUCGGGGUGGCCUCUCCCGCACACAGAGCCCUGACCGGCAGGUGCUAAAGCCACAGGUCACGUGAGACGCAGUCGAGUUGGGUGUUUGUAAAUAGGGCCAGGUAGGCCUUCUCCCAGUCAUACUCCAAGAGUUACGGCCACAAAGGGGUUUAGAAAGAACCUUUUUACACAGUUAAUUUACCAUGUAAAAUUGCUGUAAAUGAUAAUGUAUACAGAUUUUCUGUUCAAACAUUCAAUUGUAAACUUCUCGUUAAGACUGUUGUUAAGUUUUUAUUGCUUUUGUAUGGAAUGAGAUUGCAAAAAUAAAAGAGCCUUUAGCUGA